UGUAACACUACAUGGAAGAGUCGUUUGCUUGAUAAGAAACAUUUAACAGUAUUUAAGUAUCAUAUUCCUAUCUAAGUCAGGAUACAAAGGCUAAUAAAAUGUCGUACGAUUACAACAGACCAUACAUCGGCUACCCACCACCGCCGAUGCCAGAUAUUGAUUUCGAGCCAGUCCCAAUAAUGCCGCCAAUUCAUCCUGAAGGAAUCAUGCCAGACCCCGUUGAAAUUGUUGAUGCGCCUCCAAUUGAUUGGGUGCCAGCAACUCGUUCAACAGCAUAUUCCUUGAUGGGCCGUGCCUUCGUGGCCGGUAAGGAGGGCUGGGAUAACAGUCCUCUAUGGGCCAUCCGUGUUCAUCACGAUGCUGGUCUCAUACCAGGGAAACUGGCUGUGACACACGGCGCCGCGUAUAUACCACUCGCAGGAAAGGAAGUGGCUGUUCAAGAGUUUGAGAUUCUUUGCACAGACCCAAGUUUAGUUCAAUGGGUGUCUACUAGCAGAGAUGAGAUCCCAGAAAACGCCAUUCCCGCAGGCAAUACUCACGUAGGAGAGCCCCUUUAUUUAGGCAGGGUUAAACAUAGAGGAUCCAUGACACCUGGAAAGGUACACCCAAGCCACAAAUGUUGCUACAUCUCAUUCGGAGGGUCAGAGGUCGCGUACAAGCGUUACGAAAUUCUUUGUGAAGUUUAAAAAACUUUGUUUACAUUUAUUUUUAAUAUAUUAUUAUUUACUUUGAA